AAAAUUCAGAAUUCAGAUAAAGACAAAGUUUUAAGUUACGGAAAAUGGUGUAAUUGGAAUCUACGUCCCUACAAACAUUGUUCUGUGCUACAAAUGAAUUAAAUGUAUCUUAUUUUGUUCAAGGAAAAAUAUUUUUGAACAAUUGAGCUAAAUUAAAAACUACCAAAUUAAGAAAAAAACAAGAAACAUGCUAAAUAAAACUGUUCUGUUUUUUAGAUACCCCCUGAUGAGAUAUUCUCCUUUAAUGGGCAUCAAGAAUCGCAAUUACGCCCUAACUGGUAAUACUAAUAUAUCUUCAGAUUCCGAACUAGAUUUGAUGAGAAGCCGUCUUAUUUAUCAAUCUAGAAAAAGGGGAAUAUUAGAAAAUUGUAUAAUCUUUACCUCAUUUGCUGACAAAUAUUUAAAGACAUUCAAUUGUGAUCAGUUACAAAAGUAUGAUGCAUUGAUUAACAGUAAAUUUGACGAAUGGGACUUAUAUGCUUGGUCUAUUGGAUCUAAACCGGCCCCACAAGAAUUUGACAAUGACAUAAUGAAGCUUUUGAAAGAUCAUGUACAAAAAAGAUCAUAAUGUAAAGUAGUAUAAAUAUUAUAUGUUAUUACCUACUCACAUUAAAGUAUUUAUGUUGUGGUAGAAUAUUUUGUUGCACUAGAAACAGGUAAAUAAUAAGUUAUGCCUCUUGACUAAUACUUUGUUAUUAGAUUAUAAAUUAACUUGUUUUUUCCUUGAAUAAUUGCCACAUAAAAUGUAUUAAAAACAUAACCUGUAUAAUGAAAUAAUGUAUUUAAUUUAAGUGUUGUUGUCAACUUCUUAUUUUAUAUUUGUAUCAAUAUUUUUAUUAUUUAUGAAUAUUAACUUGACUUGUCUUGUAGGUACUAUUGUUGCCAGCUGCUGUUAUUAUAUAAAUGUAUAUUUUCAUAUUAUAUAGAUUAUAGACUAUUCUUUACAAUUUAGUAUUAAAAAUAAAUUUGAUAACUAAUACAAAGUAGGUAAUUGUUGUAUUGCAUUGUAUUUAGAUCUUCAAAUGUUGUUAAUCAUUUUAUCAGUACCUAUGAAUACUGUUUUCUUGCGAUCUGAGUUACCUACUAUGGAGCUACACAACAACUUAGGUUUAGAUUAUGCAAGUAAUAUUAUGUAUUUUAAUAGUUUACUCAGAGUAGGUAUUUGUUUUUUGUAUUCUUAUUUUCUGUAAAGAGAAUAAAAGAUAUUAACUGUUAAUCACACAA